UCCGGACGCCCCGGGAGCAUGGAGCCCUUCCUCAGGAAGCGGUUGUCCUUCUUGUCCUUCUUCUGGGACAAGAUCUGGCCCGCAGGCACGCCGGAUGACAGCGUCUCUGGCUUCCCAGACUCUGACACCAACGCUGAGCUGGAGGCCCCCGCUGCCGAGCCCUGCACACCCCCGGCGGUGCCUGGGCAGCUCUUCAGGGCGCUCUACGACUUCACUGCGCGGUGCACAGACGAGCUGAGCGUCACCCGCGGGGACAGGCUCUAUGCCCUCAAGGAGGAGGGUGACUACAUCUUUGCCCGCAGGCUUUCCGGCCAGCCCAGCAUGGGGCUCGUGCCCAUCGCGUAUGUGGCCAGGGCCACCUCUGACACGCUCUCAGACCAACCCUGGUACUUCAGUGGCAUCAGCCGAACCCAGGCCCAGCAGCUUCUCCUGUCCCCGGCCAACGCCCCAGGGGCCUUCCUCGUUCGGCCCAGUGAGAGCAGCCUGGGGGACUACUCGCUCUCAGUCCGGGCCCAGGCCAAAGUCCGCCACUACCGCAUCUCCAUGGCAGCUGACGGCGGCUUCUACCUGCAGAAGGGCCGUCUCUUCCCCAACCUGGAGGAGCUGCUCACCUACUACAAGGCCAACUGGAAGCUGAUCCGAAACCCACUGCUGCAGCCCUGUGUGCACCAGCAGCCCCCUGAGUGGGAUGAGUGGGAGCGGCCACGCUCCGAGUUCACCCUGCGGAGGAAGCUGGGCGAAGGCUACUUCGGGGAGGUGUGGGAAGGCCUCUGGCUCGGCUCUGUGCCCGUGGCCGUCAAGGUCAUCAAAUCAGACGACAUGAAGCUCAGGGACCUGGCGAAGGAGAUCCAGACACUGAAGAGCCUGCGGCACGAGCGCCUCAUCCGGCUGCACGCCGUGUGCUCUGCCGGGGAGCCCGUGUACAUUGUCACCGAGCUGAUGUGCAAGGGCAGCCUGCAGGCCUUCCUGGGCAGCCCCGAGGGCAGGGCCCUGAGCCCACCUACCCUGCUGGACUUCGCCUGCCAGGUGGCCGAGGGCAUGAGCUACCUGGAGGAGAGGCACAUCGUGCACCGGGACCUGGCCGCCAGGAACGUGCUCGUGGGUGACGACCUGGCCUGCAAGGUAGCCGACUUCGGCCUGGCCCGGCUGCUCAAGGACAACGUCUACUCCCCGAGCAGUGGCUCCAAGAUCCCCGUCAAGUGGACGGCACCCGAGGCAGCCAACUACCGCAUCUACUCCCAGAAGUCGGAUGUCUGGUCCUUCGGAGUGCUGCUGUACGAAGUGUUCACCUAUGGCCAGUGUCCCUACGAAGGAAUGAGCAACCAUGAGACAUUGCAGCAGAUUGCGAAGGGAUACCGGCUGCCACGCCCGGCCGCCUGCCCAGCCGAGGUCUACGUGCUCAUGUUGGCUUGCUGGAAGGGCAGCCCCGAGGAGCGGCCGGCCUUCACCGUGCUGCAGGAGAAGCUGGGCACCAUCCACAGGUGUCUCCAUGCCACCCUCACGUGACCUGGGGCACUAGACGCCAGGGCUAGGCCACUCCUCCCCAUGGGGCCUCCCCUCAUAUAAUGUUUGCCGUCAACACGUGCAGGGGUGCUGGACUGUCCGGAACAGCCUUCAGCCUGCAGAGCUCCUGGCCACGGGCCUCACACGCUGACAUGCAUGUGUGUGCACUCGAGGCAGAAACAUGCAGACACCCAUGUGGAGAGAGAGAGGCUGAUGUCUUUUGCCUGGAAUGGCAGUGUCCCUAGUGGGUGGGGGUCAGCAGAGAAGGCUGGGUGGGGCCUGUGUUUGCUCCGGCCUCAGAAAGACUGGACAGAGAAGACCUGGGCCUGGGCCGAGUUCCCUCCUGCCUGGGACUGCCGGCUGCCCUGGACCCCCUGAACUCCCUCCCAAGGUCAAGAGUGAGAGGCGUGCCUCCCCAGUUUUCUCCAAAGUCCCACCGGGGCUAUGUUGGUGCUGGGGCUGCCAGGCCCUGGCCCCACACGUACGUGCUGGGGGCAGCCACAGCCUCCC